AUGGGCGGCGGUGAGCACAGCGACAACGGCUUCAUACUCGCCGGCCCCAGGCGUGAGCGCGUCGUCCAGGGCGGCAAGGGCUUCAGCGCUGACGGCAUCGGCACCUUUGCGAGUUUCUAUCGCGGCCCAGAGGCAACCGAGCUUCCAGGCUUCAACUUUUGUGAUGGCGCACCCCUGACUGGCGAUGAGCGGCUGGAGCUCUGCUACUUCCCAGCGAUCGGUGGCGACCGCUCCGUCGAAGGUCGCGGCGACAGCGACUCCGCGUCGCCUUGUGUCGAGGGCGACUUUGCUCGGGACCCGCACCUCUCCUUCCCAUUCGGCGGUCGUGCCGACCUUCGCGGGCGGGACGGCCAGUACUACUGCUUCCUCUCGGCGCCGCGCCUGGCCAUCAACAUCAAGACGGAGGACGCCACCUUCCGGCUGCACAACCUCUACGACGAGGGCGGCACGCUGGUCGUCGACGGGUCCUUCCUCACCGAGGUGCACUUUGUGGCGCGCGUCGGCGGGCGGAAGAACAAGCUCUGCCUCGCCUCGUUUUGGGCGAGCGAGUUAAACGAGUACAACACGGGCUUCAACAUGAUCACGGGGAAGUGCGGCGGCGGCGACUUCUUCCUCGGCAUCGGCGCCUCCAAGCGGUGCGAGGAGAUGCUCAUCGCCGUCCGCUUCUCGAGCGCCGAGUUCACCAUCGGCGACUGGACCGUCGUCGUGCGCGGAAACUGGGUGUACGAGCGCAUCUCCGGCCCGGCCCACCGCCUCGAUAUCUCGCUGCGCGCCCGGGGCGGCGUGGCGGCACGGCACCUCCCGCAUGGGAUCAUCGGGCAAGCCUUUGCGUCGGCCGAGCCGCGCCACGGCCGCGUCGACGAGUACCCGGCUUCGGGCACCUUUCGGACGUCUGCGAUGGCGGAGGGGGCCAUCGACGGGAACGCGGCCAUGUACGAGCUCGCCGGCCCCCACGCCACCGCAUUUGCCUUCUCUCGGUUCGAGGCCGCCGAGGCGACCGAGGAACAGCCGGGCUUGCUCGCGGCGGACGGCGAGGCCGCGUCGACGGACGGCGCGGUCGAGGCGUCGCACCUCUCGAUGGGAGGGCUUCGUGAAGGAUGGAUUGAAAAACAUUCGAACAAAGAAGAGGCGACGGGAGGAACCGGCGGAGGAUGCAGUGACGUUGGAGUUUUCUGA